AUGGAAAACGAUGAUGAUUAUGAUUUUCAUGACUACUCAUAUAUAAAACUAAAACAAGAUUACGAAAACCGUCCUUUAUUUUUAAGCCCUGAUGGUUAUAUAUUUCUAGAAACAUUCAGUCCAUUAUACCGUACAGCUUAUUAAUUUUUAAUAUCAAUAGCCGAACCUAUCCAAAGACCAUUAACUGUACAUAAAUUUGUAAUGAGUAAAUAUUCAUUAUAUACAGCUAUGGUAUUAUAAUACUAACCGCAAGAUAUAAUAUUGUGUUUGAAAGAAUUAUCAAAGAAUCGUGAAAUUCCUUAAACAAUAAUAGACUAUAUAUUAUAAAACACAAAAAACUACGGAUCAGCUCGUUUGUUUUUAGACGGCUAGAAUUAUUUUUUAGACAUAGAAAGUAAAAUAUGGGAGUAAAUAAAAUACGAUAAUCCUUAAAUAAAGAAUCUAAUUUGUGAAACUGAAUUUUCAUUUGACAAUAUAAUUAAAGAAAAUAAAGAAUUAAAAGAAAUACAAAACGAUUUAAAUAUAUUUUUUUUCAAAAAAACAAUAAAAAAAUAACCAUAAAAUGAAUCAGAUGAUGAAGAUAAUAAUAAAGAUAAUUUCAUAAAUUAAAUAAUAAACUAAAAAAAAAAAACAAAUAAAUCCUUCAAAAGAAUACAAAUAACCGGUGAUUAUUUCGAAAUAACAAAAUCUGUUAUAAAUGCAAAUGUCCCUUUGAUUCAAGAAUACGAUUUCUAAAAGUAGGAUUCCUUUAAAUACUUAUAAAUGGAUAUUUAACCGAAAAUGAAGAUUCGAUAUUACCAAGAAAAAGCGUUAAAAAAUAUUUUUAUAGAACAAAAAGCUCGGUCAGGUUUAAUUAUAUUACCAUACGGUGCUGGCAAGACUAUAGUAGGUGUGAUAGCUAUAGAGAGAAUAAAAUAGAGUACAAUAGUUAUUUGCGAUUCUGAUGUUUCAGUAGAUUAAUGGAGAGAUGAAUUAGAAAGAUGGACUACAAUAAGUAGAAAUAAAAUAGUAAGAUUUACUGGAAGAAUAACUGAUGAAUGGAUAACUAGAGAAACCGACGAUCCUAUUAUUUUAUUAACAACAUAUUAUAUGUUAUCAAAAAAAAGAGAAAAGAAUCAAUCUUAGACUUCUAAAAAAUAAUAAUAUAUUUAAACUAUUUAAGAAAAACAAUGGGGAGUAUGCAUUAUUGAUGAAGUACAUAAAUUACCAGCAAAUACAUUUUAAAACGUUUUAAAAUAAUAUAAAUUUCACUUCAAAUUAGGACUAACAGCAACCCCGUAUAGGGAAGAUGAGAAAAUAAGUAAUCUAUUUUAUAUGAUUGGUCCUAAAUUAUAUGAAGAGAACUGGCAUGAUUUGGUUAAAUAAGGUUUUUUGGCAAGUCCUUAUUGUGUAGAAAUACGAUGUAAUAUGGCUGAAUACUGGAAAUAAUAAUAUGAUAGAAAAAAUGACAUUUCUUAAAAAAGAUAUUUUAUAGGCGCUUAAAGGGAACUUUUACAUACUUCGAAUCCUAAUAAAUUUAAUGUUUUGGAGUUUUUAAUUAAAAUACAUGAAGAUAGAGGUGAUAAAAUACUUGUUUUUUGCGAUAGACCUGUAGUUUUGGAAUAUUACUCCAAAAUUUUAAAAUAUCCAAUCGUUUCAGGAAAUGUGUAAUAAGAUGAGAGAAAAACAAUAUAUAAUUUAUUCAAAAAUACAAAUUAAAUUAAUACUAUUUUUCUUUCUCGCGUAGGAGAUACUGCUAUUGAUCUUCCUUCUGCUAAUGUAGGUAUUUAAAUAGGAAUACAUUUUAAAAGCAGAAGAUAAGAAGUUUAAAGAUUAGGUAGAAUUAUGAGAGCUAAAGGAAAUUAUGAUGGAUAAUAUAAUGCUUUUUGGUAUACAUUAGUCUCUAAAUGUACAGAUGAAGUCAAUUAUUGUUUAAGUAGAUAAAAAUGCUUAAUUAAUUAAGGUUUUAAAUACGAAGUUUUGGAUGAAAGUGACCUUCCAUUUAGAAAAUAGCCAUAGAAAUUUAAAUGGAUGAAUAAAAUUAAUGAAUAAGAUUAUUUAUAUGAUAUUUUAAUGAGCUAAGAGGAUAAAAUUGAUAAGAAAGUCUCCAGUUCAAGUAGCUCGGGAAGUGAUUCAGAAAAUAAUGUUCAUAAUAUUCAAAUUUAAACAAAAGAAAGUAAUGUUUUGUUCUCUAAUUUAGCUUUGUAUAAAGAAGUUAUUGUUAAAAAAUGA